AUGUAUAAUAAUCCCCGAGCAGGAUGUAGUCAUGAAAACAUAACAAUCAACACUAUUGUGCCGUUGAGGCACGGCAACAGAUCGUCUGCUCCAGAUGAUGGCUAUGGAAUCCCAAAGGAUACCGUCAAUCCAAAUAUUAAAAUGCGAAUCGAUGAUUUUAAUCGUACGAAUUCUUUGAAUUUGCCGAACCAAAACUCUCUGUUGCCUUCUCCAACCAGCAGUUUCAACUCUUGGGGCGGUAAACAUGCAUCUAUGAAUGAUCCUCACUUCGCUCCAAGAAUUGUGAUAAGUCCACCUGUUGACUCUGACACCGUGUUACCUCUUCCACCUAGAAGAACUCAUCGGAAAAGUCUUUGUACAGCUGUAGUACUUGCAGCCGUGAUAACAUCAAUUGUUACUAUUUUGAUAGCUUUAUUAAUAUUCAGCGAAUAG